UACUCACUAAAAUUACUGUCUUUAUUCAAUACUUAAAAUCUAGUUUUGAUAACACUCCUUUCAUUUUAUAAUAGGAUUCAAAAUAUUUGUGAUUAGACCACCUUUUAAACAGAGGACUGUUUAAACAAUCUUGAAAAUGGCAAGUUCUGUAAAUUCAGUUGAUAAAAGUUCAGAUUUAGUGAAGGAUUAUUCAUGCAGCACUUGUGAAAGUAAAAAUUUUGAAACAAAUGCUGAAUAUUUUUGUGAAACUUGUAAAAAGUGUUUUUGCACAAAAUGCCUUCAUCUUCAUGAUCAAUUAUUUGUAAACCAUUUGAAAUAUGGAAGAGGAGAAACAAAUAAAUGGCCUCUAGCAAAAACCAUAGAGGAUUUGCUACUGAUAUGUGAUAUUCACAAUAACAAGAAACUGAAAAUGUUCUGCCAGGACCACAGUCAGCUGUGCUGCUCUGAUUGUGUUUUACUGAAUCACAGACAGUGCACCAAUCUGUCUCUUAUUUCUGAAUCAGUCAGCCAGCUGUCAGUGGAUAUGCAGCAGUUGUCAAGCAAAAUUCAAGCAAUUCUUGCUGAACUAACUAAGUUAACAAAAACACAAGAGGCCAGCAUUCAGUCCAUAGAGGGAUCAUAUAUUGAAAAAGUACAAGAAAUCAGAGAGCUGCGUGAGAAAUUAAAUGCUGCUUUGGAUAAACUAGAAAUUACAACCCUGAAAGAGCUGGAUGAGAUUAGGACAAUAUUGCUAACUUCUCUAAAGAAAGAUGUUGACAACUGUGGCAGACUGAAGGACGAACUUCAACAACUUGGUGAAGCUGUACAGGGCCUUCAUGAUAAGAACAAGAAAGAAAUGGAGUUCAUAACCAGCAUAAAAUGUCAGGACAAAAUACAAGAGUCUGAGUCAUAUUUGAAGGAGAACCCUGUGAAGGUGAAGAGUUUAAUAAUAUUCAAGGCAAACAUUAGUAUUGAGCAGUACCUUUCUCAACAGACAAGUCUUGGAAGGAUCAUAGACAGUAUGGAGUCUCUCUCACUGGCGAUUAAUCCAGACCAGGUAUUACAUGUGAAGAGGAAGACCCAGUAUAAUGUGAACAUAUCAGAGGACAAAGGUUUGUUUUGUUACAUCAUGGGCAUUUGUAGCCUGCCAGGUGGUCAGGUUAUUGUUGCAGAUCGUCAUAAUAAUAGAGUGAAGAUGUUAAACCAGCAUUAUGAUGUUUCCAGUCACUGUGAUGUGUCUGGUCCUCCAUUCGACAUUUGCCAAAUCACAUCCAGUGAGGUGGCUGUAACUGUUGAUAAAGCUGUGCAAUUUAUCUCUGUGAUCAAUCAGAAGCUGAAGAAUGGGAGGAAGGUCCAGUUACCACAUAAUGCCUGUGGUAUUGCCUUCCAUCAGGGAGCCCUGUAUGUCACCUCUGGCAUUGCAAUUUACCACUACACUCUGACGGGAUCACUUGUAAAAAAGCUGUAUGAGGACGCAAGUGGCUCUUUUACAGUGUGGAAGUGUGCAGUGAGUCCUGCUAGGGACAGGAUCUAUGUCACCAACGAAACCCAAAACAAGCUCAUCACUCUGGCAACAGAUGGCACCCUGCUAUCCACCUUCAUGGACUCUGAACUACUAAACCCACAGGGUUUACAUGUCACACCUGCAGGACAAGUCAUUAUCUGUGGAUUCAACGGUCAUACUGUCAUACAGGUGGAUCGUGAGGGAAGAAAGAAACUGGCAACUCUGGUAUCACAUCAUGAUGGCCUUCCAGCUUCUGUCUGCUACAACAUGAAUACUCACCAGAUCAUUGUGGGACUAGAAAGUAACAAUAUCAAAGUUAUGGAUUUGCAGUAGCUCUUCCAGUGGAAAAAGAAACAUUGAUAUCAACAUGUUUUUUUAGUUAUAUACUUUUUAUGAAUUGCACAUUUAAUCUUAUGUGUCUAUGUAUAGAUAAGACAAAAAAAUAGUAAUUCAUUUUA